AUGCAUUCUUCAGAAGACAACAAGAUGAGGUCUUGUAGAGUUCUCUUGUUCGGGGAUCUGUCUGCCGCGUUCGAAGACGAUCUCCGGGCACUGCUCCACAUCCGCGACAACCCUCUGCUAUCUUCCUUUCUUGAACAAGUCGGCGCUAGAAUUAGGGCUGAGAUAGGCUGUCUCGGUGCCCAGCAACAAGGCUUGUUUCCUCGGUUCACAACACUCAUUGAUCUGGUCUCAAAGCUAGGCGAAACAGAGGGCACGCCGGUCCUCAAGUUUUGUCUUCUAUCGAUUUGUCAGAUUGGGCAGUUUCUGGAAUACUUCGGUCGAGAAGGUCGACAAUAUCCGACACCGCAAGACACCUACUGCCUUGGCAUCUGCACCGGAUCAUUCGCAGCCGCGGCCAUCAACUGCUCUCGAUCGCUUACCGAGCUCAUCUCCGUGGCAAUAGAGGCGGUGAUUGUUGCAUUCCGAACAUCCCUCUUUUCUCUCAUCCUCAAGAAUGACAUUGUUGGCAAUGAGGAACAAACAUCGCGAAGUUGGUCCGUAGUCGUGGCUGGGGAGGAGUCAGACUUCGAGCAAAACAUUCAGGACUUCGCAGAUUCCGAGCAACUCCGCCAAACAUGGAGGCCAUACAUCAGUGCUGUCACGCCUAGCCACGUCACUCUUAGUGGUCCGCCAGGCACACUCGCACGUUUUAUCACUUCGACACAACAAAAAGCCCAUUCGCUUUGCAUCAACUCACCAUAUCAUGCUCCACACAUUUUUGAUGAAUCUUUAAUCCAAAAGAUUGUGGACACACAAGCCUGGGAAGCCCUCGGCGACAAGGUUCCAUCCCUGACGCAGUUGUCUCCCUCAACUGGUCGGCUCGAGACCGCAAAAGAUUUCGAGACACUGUUGAAAGCCGCCGUCGAAGACAGUCUGCGUGGCCAAGUCCGAUGGGACCGCAUUCUUCACACCAUCGUCGAAAGCUUUCUCUCACAGAACAUCCAGCGCUGCACCGUUGUUCCGAUUUGCAGCAAUGCGUCGCAGCUUCUGUCUGGCGCCUUGAAUCGAGCAAACAUUGAGGCGCAAGUUGAGAAAGUAUUCUCACCUCCCAAAAUUUCGCCGACCCAACAUGGGCACUUUGCAGACUCCAAGAUUGCCAUUAUUGGCUACUCUGGCCGAUUUCCAGACUCUGCCUCCAAUGAAGAGUUCUGGGAAUUGUUGAAGGCGGGGAAGGAUGUGCAUCGCGAGGUUCCAGAGGACCGCUUCAAUUGGAAGACCCAUUACGACCCAACCGGAAAGACAAAAAACACCAGUCGCGUCAAGUAUGGGUGCUGGAUUAAAGAACCGGGUGUCUUCGAUGCCCGCUUCUUCAACAUUUCCCCUCGCGAGGCUGAAAAUACAGACCCUGCUCAAAGACUUGCUAUCACAACGGUCUAUGAAGCCAUGGAAAUGGCUGGGAUGGUCCCUAAUCGGACACCAUCAACACAACAGGACCGCAUUGGUGUCUUUUUUGGCACCACCAGUGACGACUGGAGAGAGGUGAAUAGUGGCCAAGACGUGGACACGUAUUUCAUCCCUGGCGGAAACCGAGCCUUUGUUCCAGGGAGAAUCAGCUACUUUUUCCGAUUCUCCGGACCAAGUCUCAGUAUGGACACCGCUUGUUCUUCUAGCUUCGCUGCCAUCCAGACUGCCUGCGCUUACCUUUGGAGGGGAGAGUGCGACACUGCCGUGGCUGGGGGGACAAAUGUCCUCACCAACCCAGACAACUUCGUUGGACUGGACAGGGGGCAUUUUCUGUCAACUACAGGCAACUGUAACGCAUUUGACGAUGGCGCUAGUGGGUACUGCAGAGCGGACGCUGUAGGAUCUGUCAUCCUCAAGAGACUUGAGGACGCCGAAAUGGACAACGACCCCAUCUUCGGCAUCAUUUCUGGGGCAACUACAAACCACUGUGGACAAACAGACAGCAUCACUCGGCCCCAUGAAGGCGAUCAGACAUCAGUCUUCAAGCGGAUCAUCCGACAUGCCGGUGUAAAUCCCCUCGACGUCAGCUACGUUGAGAUGCACGGCACCGGAACACAGGCGGGCGACGCAACAGAAAUGAACUCCGUGCUGUCUGUAUUCGUACCAGAGCGCGAGAGGAUGCCGCGACACCCCCUCUACAUCGGUUCAGCAAAGGCAAACAUCGGCCACGCUGAAUCUGCUUCUGGGGUAUCGUCACUCAUCAAGGUGUUGAUGAUGAUGAAACACAGCGAGAUUCCACCGCACUGCGGGAUCAAGACGAAGAUCAAUCACAACUACCCUCUUGACCUGAAGGAGAGAAAUGUCAACAUUGCCUUCAAACCAACGCCCUGGCUUCGAGAAGAAACACCUUGCGGCAAGCGAUUCGCAUUUUUGAACAACUUCAGUGCCGCAGGAGGAAAUACGGCGGUUCUUCUGGAGGAUGCUCCUCCUCCAGCCGCGCAAAAGAGCAGCGACCCGCGGACCUUUCACAUUGUGACCCUUUCCUCCAAGACUGCAAAAUCUCUCAAAGGCAACAUGGAGGCACUUGUCAAUCAUCUCGAAUCCAAUACAGAGAUGCCAGUGUCUGAUCUGUCCUACACAACGACUGCCAGGCGGAUGCAACACCCAUAUCGUGUUGUUGCAGUCGGCAACGACGCGAUCUCCAUUGCCCAAGUGUUGAAGUCCAAGCUGGCGACCAUUGAACCGAAAACCAUCCCGCCGGCUGCGAGGGUCCCGAAGGUCGCAUUCAUGUUCACUGGUCAAGGCUCGUUCUACUGCGGACUUGGCAGGAUAUUGUUUUCGCUUGUGUCCUCCUUCAGGGAAGACAUGGAUCGAUUCGAGAAGAUUGCGCUGCAGCAUGGUUUUCCGAGCUUUCUGAAUGUGAUUCAGAAUAGUGACAUGGAGGAGGUAAACGACCCGGUUGUCACACAACUUGCCAUGACAUGCACUCAGAUGGCAUUGUGCCGACUUUGGAUGUCAUGGGGAGUCAAGCCAGGCCUUACAAUCGGACACAGUCUCGGAGAAUAUGCUGCGCUGUUUGCUGCCGAUGGUUUGUCUGCCAGCGACACCAUAUUUUUGGUCGGUACUCGAGCCAAGUUGCUGAACAAGCACUGCACACCUGGGACACACUCAAUGCUGGCUGUCAAAGCCCCAGUGGAAAAGGUGACCCCUUUGAUUGAACGUUCUACAGCCGAGAUUGCGUGUCUGAACCAACCCACUGCAACCGUCAUCAGCGGACGAAUUGAGGAGAUUAACCGUCUCGAAGAAGAAUUCAAGGCAGCAGGACACGAGACCACGCGCCUGAACGUACCAUUCGCAUUCCAUUCGUCGCAAGUGGAUGCGAUUUUGGGAGAAUUCGAAGCAGCAACGCGACAGGUAAACUUUCAACCUCUAUCGGUCCCCUACGUUUCGCCUUUGCUGUCGGAGGUCCUCGGAGAAGGUGGCACUCUGGAUCAUUCGUAUCUCGUCAAGGCAUGUCGGCAAGCCGUCAACUUUGAAGGUGCCCUGAAAGAGGCGUCCGCCACCGAUCUUGUCAAUGAGAAGACCAUAUGGCUCGAGAUUGGUUCCCACCCAGCUUGUUCCGGGAUGGUGAAGGGAACAUUGGGCAGAAAGUCCAACACAGCUGCCACUUUGCGCAAAGACACCGACACCUGGAAGAUUCUGACCACCACCCUCGAGAUGCUCUAUCUCGGAGGUAUUGGCAUCGAUUGGAAUGAGUAUCACCGAGGUUUUGAACAAUUCAACAACGUCGUGGAUCUGCCACGAUACAGUUGGGACCUCAGGAACUACUGGAUCAUGUAUCGGAACGACUUCUGCUUAACCAAGGGCGAGGGGACACAGCCCAUUCAAGAGAUGCUUCCAGAACCUCCGAAGGCUUUCAAGUACAUAUCUCCAUCUCUUCAGCGGGUUAUGGAAGAGUCUGAUGGAGAGUUUCAAUCGACAAUCCUGGUCGAGUCGGAUGCCCAUGAUUCCAGACUGUCGCCAGUAUUCACUGGUCACAGAGUCAAUGGGGCCGAACUAUGUCCAUCUUCUUUGUGGGGAGACAUUGCCCUAAACCUCGGGAACUACUUCAUGGACCAGCGAUCGAUGUCGUCUGAGGACAUGGGACUGGACGUUUGCCGCAUGCAAAUACAGAAGCCGCUAGUACUCAACCCCAAUCUCACUUCACAACUCUUCAGGGUAUCCGCGGUCGCAAAUUGGACAGAAAAUUUGGUCAAGGUCGCAAUCUUCAGUGUCAACGCUAAGGGCUCAAAGAUCAUUGAUCACGCAACGUGUGCCGUCGAAUUGGUGCCUGCACAGACUUGGACGAAGGAGUGGAGUCGAACCGCAUACCUUGUUCGGAGCAGGAUCAAGGCUCUCCGCCGUGCGGUCAAGGAUGGCGAUUCACACCACAUGAAGCAAGAUAUUGUCUAUCGCCUCUUCGCCAACAUUGUGGAGUACAGCCCCGAGUACCAGGGUAUGCGCGAAGUGAUCAUGGACAGCCAGGAGCUCGAGGCGGUGUCGACUGUGAAGUUCCAGGUUGAUGAGCAAGGCUUUUACUUCAAUCCACAAUGGAUGGACAGCGUCGGUGGAGUUGCCGGCUUCAUCAUGAACGGAAAUGAUAGCCCGCACCCCAAGGCUGAAGUAUUCAUCAACCACGGAUGGAGCAACAUGAAAUGCACCACCAAAUUGGAAAAGGGCAAGAGUUACCAUUGCUACAACCGUAUGCAGCUCCUGGAAGGUGCUCUGUAUACCGGCGACACCUACAUUUUUGACGGCGCUGAGAUCAUUGGCAUCAUCGAACAGAUCAAGUUCCUAGGAGUUCCGCGUCAAGCUCUAGAUGGCUUGCGGCCGGUCCUCAAAGGAGUCCAACCCCUUCCCACCACUAGAGCGACGGAAUCCCGCAUUUCGGCACCGCCAGUUCUGAAAGGGACGACCGAUCCAGUUAGCAAGGUUCCAAACCCAACCCCGGUAGUCUCCGGAAGUAUCUGGCUUGGGAUUUUGGCCAUCAUCUCCGAAGAGGUUGGCGUUGAUCUUAAGGACCUCAACCCCGACACCGAGUUCGCUGAGCUAGGUCUUGACUCACUUCUUUCGUUGACAAUCACCGGGCGCAUGCGUGAGGAGUUGAACAUGGACCUUCCCUCAUCAAUUUUCGUCGACUGUGCAACAGUAAAGGAGCUUCAGCAACUUCACGGGAGCGAUGGUGGCGACUCGUCCACCGCCAAUACCAGUAGCUCCAGCACGGGGAGAGAGUCGGGCAUUUCAACACCAGACACAUCGCUGGCAUUUGAGAGGCAAAGCCUAGACUACGUCCACAUUCUCCAUUCGAUCAUUUCGGAAGAGACAGGCAUCAAGGUCGAAGAUCUUUCUCCAUCGACCCGCCUCGAUGAGAUAGGCGUGGAUUCCCUCCUUUCCCUCACAACCAUCGGGAGAUUGAUCGAGAUCUUUGAGAUAGAACUUCCGUCUUCUCUCUUUUCUGAAAAUGAGACCCUCCUUGAGGUUGAGAAGGGAAUUGCUGCAAUCUUGGGUGCAGAGAUGAAGACUUUGGCAUCUGAUCCGGCACCCGUCACACAGCAACCCGUCCUUGCCCAAGAUGCGGUCGUCCAGAACGCACCGCAGGCCACUUCGGUUCUGCUACAAGGUUCUCCGAAAUCUGCCACCUCAACCAUCUUCAUGUUCCCCGACGGCUCUGGCUCAGCUUCCUCCUAUGCUACCUUGUCCAAGAUUGAUCCAACCGUGAUGGUGUACGGGCUGAAUUGUCCUUGGCGCACCGCCCCCGAAGACAUGGCCCGAUCCAAGUGUACACUGAUCCAAUACACGGCGAAGUUCGUCAUCGAGCUUCAGCGGCGACAGCCAAAAGGCCCUUACAACUUGGGCGGAUGGAGUGCUGGGGGAAUAUGCGCGUUUGAAGCAGCCAGACAACUUGUCGCAGCUGGAGAGGUUGUUGCUUCCCUCAUCCUAAUCGACUCUCCCAAUCCGAUCGGCCUCCAAAAUCCACCUGCUCGGAUGUAUGACUUCUUUCAGCAACUUGGAAUCUUCGGCACGGGUGGAGCCAUCCCACCCUGGCUGCGCCCGCAUUUCGAUGCAUUCAUCAGAAUGUUGGAUGCCUACGAGCCAGUCCCAUGGCCAAAGGCGCUGGGUCAAGCCCCCAAAACCCUCAUUGUCUACGCUACAGACGGCGUCUGCAAGGAUCCAAAUGGCCCAAGACCAGAGAUUCGCCCGGAUGACCCCCGCGAAAUGAUCUGGCUGAUCAAUACCCGGACUGACUUCUCGGCUGAUGGCUGGGCAUCGCUCAUUGGCAGAAGUAGGCUCACGGUUGAGGUGCUCGAGGACGUCCACCACUUCAGCAUGAUGGAUCCCGGGCCUCAGAUGGAUAAGAUGGGCGCACAUAUGAGAAAUUUCCUAGUUUGAUUUGUACUCAUUCGGUCACAUAAGAUUGUUCACGGCCGCAUUUGACAAGAGGGUUGGUUGUACGAUGUGGUGGGUUGUUGUCAUUCCUUCUCUGAGCUGAUAGAUGCUGGACUUCAUUCCUUGUACUCAUUUGGUGGAAACCCGCGACGGGAGAAAUAUCCACAGGUUGCCCCAUAUUUCAUAUUUAUUUAAGAUUGC